AUGCCCUCUUCUACCCCAAAGAAAUCGUCAAAGAAAGAAGACUCGGAAGAUUACUCUCCGAAGAAGAGUCAGGAGAAGAAGAAACCGGUCAAGAAGGAUGAGAAGGCUGCUGGGAGGGACAUAAGGGGAUUUGGUGCCCAGAAAUCUAGUGGAUCAUCAUCGACAGCUGGCAACGGGACGGGUAAGAAGCCCAUAACGAUCGAUGACUCGGACGAAGAAGAAGAAAUAGUCGAGAAGAAACCAGCACCCAAGGCUAAUACUUCGAAACAUUUCGCUUCGGCUUCGUCCUCAAAAAAACCUAUUGUUCUCGAUUCAUCCGAUUCCGAUACCCCCGCUCCCCGACCCAAAGCCAAACCACCCACUCCGAAGGCCAAAGCCCCUACACCUAAAGCGAAGCCCACGUCUGUCAAACGGAAGAUCCUCAUUGAUUCAGAAGAGGAGUCCGAAGAGGAAGUGGAAGAUGUGAAACCUGCUAAGAAGAGGCAAUCUUUAGGAGCCGGAUUGAGUAGUAGAUCAAAUGGGAAAAAACCUUCUUAUGUUGACAGCGAUAGUGAAAGCGAGGAGAAAGAUGAGAAACCGAAAUCUAAGGCUAAGUCAAAGGUACCGGUAAAAGGCAAGAAGGAGAAGUCUGCAUCUCCUAUGGACGUAGACGAGAGUGAAGAUUCAGAUUCUGAAGAUUUCAUUGAUGAUGAAGAAGAUGAGAAACCUAAGAAAGGAAAGGGUAAACCAAAGCCUAAAGCUUCACCCGCCAAGAAGUCGACUCCAGCUAAGAAAGCGCCUGCGCCCGCACCGAAAGCAGGUAAGAAAGAUGUAGAUGAGGAGAAACAGGUCAAGGCGGAGGAGAAGAAACCCGCUAAUAACAAUUGGAGAGCCGCUGCUGCUGCACGAGCUGCAGGACCGAAAGCACCAGGCUCGCGGGACAUACCCCAGGGUGAACCAGAUUCUCUGGCUGGGUUGACAUUCGUAUUCACUGGUGAAAUGGAGAGUUUGGGCAGGGAGGAUGCUCAAGAGCUCGUCAAGAGGUUAUCUGGUAAAGUGACGUCGGCUCCCUCGGGAAAGACAUCUUUCGUUGUUGUUGGUGAAAAUGCAGGAGCAUCCAAAUUGAAGACGAUCAAAGAGAAGAAGAUUCCUACGAUGACGGAAGAUGAAUUUUUCGAAUUCAUCAGAUCAAGAAAGGGUGGACAAUUGGAUGAAAAGCAAAUCAAGGCUAGACAAGCUGAGGAAAAGAAGAUUCAACAGCAGGCUUUGGAGAUGGAGAAGAGAGAGAAGGAAGAAGAGACGGAUAGAAAAAGGAAGGAAAGGGCUUUGGAAGGGACCGGUAUCGCUGCUAAGAAGUUGACUCCAGCUUCAGCCCAAUUGUGGACGACCAAAUAUGCGCCUCAGAACCUCAGGGAGAUAUGCGGUAAUAAGACUGUUGUAGAGAGGUUGGGCACAUGGCUGAAAGACUGGCAAAAGAACUAUGAUUCAGGAUUUAAAAAGCCUGGUAAAGACGGUACGGGUAUAUAUCGAGCUAUACUUAUAUCCGGUCCACCUGGUAUUGGUAAAACCACUUCUGCGCAUCUGAUGGCUAAGGAAGCUGGAUAUAAUCCCAUUGAGUUGAAUGCUAGUGACGCGAGGAGUAAGAAGCUUGUUGAGAAUUCCACGAAUAUAGACAAUACUUCUUUGGAUGGGUAUUUCCAAGGCAAAGGUAUACAGAGUACUUCUGUAGCAGAUGUUCGAGUGGAUUCGAGGACAUGUCUGAUAAUGGAUGAGGUUGACGGUAUGUCAGCGGGUGAUCGAGGUGGUGUCGGUGCGUUGAACGCGUUGAUCAAGAAGACUAGGAUACCGAUGAUCUUGAUUUGUAACGACAGAUCACUUCAGAAGAUGAAGCCUCUACAAUCUACUACCUUCAACAUGACGUUCAGGCGGCCACAACCAGCCGAAAUCAGAUCGAGAAUUAUGUCUAUCUUAUUCAAAGAGAAGCUAAAGAUUCCGGCCAAUGUGGUGGACGAACUUGUGAAAGGUGUGAAUUCAGAUAUUCGACAGGUGUUGAAUAUGCUUUCUACGUUCAAAUUGAGUAAAGAUCAGAUGGAUUUUGAUGAGGGUAAAGAACUGGUCAAAGUCAAUGAGAAGAACACCAUCAUGACUCCUUUCACUAUUACCGACAAACUUACUGGACCAUACGCUUUCUCCAAGACUAGUAAAGAGACUCUGAACGAUAGGAUGGAAUUGUAUUUCCACGAUUUCAGCUUUGUCCCAUUGUUCAUUCAGGAACAUUACCUUAAAACCCAACCUGCACUCACGAACACACUCAGUGGAGCAGAGCAGAAUCUGAAACACCUGGAACUGGUUAGUAAAGCAGCGGAUGCGAUAUCGGAUGGUGAUCUGAUAGAUAGAAUGAUUCACGGAUCGGAACAACACUGGUCAUUGUUACCUUUCCACGCUGUUCAAUCUACUGUUAAACCUGCUUCUCUAAUCUAUGGACCAGGCAGGAGUCAAGGUGGUCCAGGUGGUUGGGGUCCUGCUUUCCCUCAAUGGCUUGGACAAAAUUCGAAACAGGGCAAAUUGGGUAGACAACUUACCGAUAUACAAAUCCGAAUGCGACUCAAGGUAUCAGGUGGUAGAAACGAAAUUCGAGAACAGUAUAUGCCUUUGUUGGCUAGUAAGAUCGUGUUGCCACUUGUGCAGCGAGGCACUGACGCUGUCGAGGAGACUAUCGAAUAUAUGGACGAAUACUUCCUCGGUAAAGACGAUUGGGACGCUCUGGUCGAACUGGGUGUUGAUAGUAUGGCUGAGAGUCUGAUAAGUAAGAAGAUACCGAGUGCUACCAAGAGUGCAUUCACGAGACAGUAUAACAAAUCAGAUCAUCCUAUCGCAUUCCACAAGGGAGAUAUGUUUGCAGCCUCAAAGAAGAAGAUUGCAGAUAUGGGACCUGCACCGGAUAAUGAGGAUGUAUUUGAGGAGGACGAAGCAGUUCCGGAUGAGCCUUCGGAUAAAGGUGAAAAUGAUGAUUCGGAAGAUGAAGUUAACGAUGUUAGUAAAGAUAAAUUGAUCAAGGCUGUCAAACCGAAGGGAGCUACCGCCGCGAAGGGCAAGGCGAAACCGAAAGCUAAGAAGUAG